AUGGGACAUGAGUCAAUAGUCAAGCUACUCCUCGAAAUGGGCGCCGAUAUCAAAGCCGUGGACAAUGACGGAUGGACAGCACUGCAUAGUGCAGCUAGCUGGGGAUAUGAGUCAAUGGUCAAGCUACUGCUCGAAAUGGGCGCCGAUAUCAAAGCCGUGGACAAUUAUGGAUGGACAGCACUACAUCUUGCAGCUGAGGAACAUGAGCCAGUAGUCAAGCUACUCCUCGAAAUGGGCGCCGAUAUCAAAGCCGUGGACAAUGAUGGAUGGACAGCACUGCAUAGUGCAGCUCGCUCGGGGCAUGAGCCAGUAGUCAAGCUACUCCUUGAAAUGGGCGCCGAUAUCAAAGCCGUGAAGAAUGACGGAUGGACAGCACUGCAUCUUGCGGCUUACAACGAAAAGGAGCCAGUAGUCAAGCUACUCCUCGAAAUGGGCGCCGAUAUCAAAGCCGUGGACAAUGAUGGACAGACAGCACUGCAUUGUGCAGCUCGCUCGGGGCAUGAGUCAGUAGUCAAGCUACUCCUUGAAAUGGGCGCCGAUAUCAAAGCCGUGAAGAAUGACGGAUGGACAGCACUGCAUCUUGCGGCUUACAACGAAAAGGAGCCAGUAGUCAAGCUACUCCUCGAAAUGGGCGCCGAUAUCAAAGCCGUGGACAAUGAUGGACAGACAGCCAUGGAUCUCACGGAUAGCCGUACCCAUUGGAAAGUAGUCCAACUACUCGAGAAAUAUAUGGUAACCGGCACCGCAGUGGUAGAAACUGACGAAAAUGCGGGUGGUGAGGGUGUUUCUCAAGAAUAG